AUGGCAUUGCUCAACUCGGCGCCCGAUCAAACGAAGCAGCUCGGCGCCAGACACGAAGGUGAAGUCGCCAGGCUGCUGGAAAACUUCCUGAUGGAGGAACGGCAUCGAGAGCGCAUAUUCAGGCCGCGAUUCCAGCUCCGUCUCGACACUGCAAGUGCCUGGGCCAUCGCAACAGAACGCUCCGUCCUCGACAUUGGCUGCGGGCAUGGCGAAUCGUGCAUAACGCUGGCGCUCCGGCUGGGCGCACGAGCACGCAUCGUCGGCAUCGACACAGCAGUGCCCGAGUACGGCAGUCCGCAUACGGUGGCAGAAGCGCGCAACUUCAUCCUCGACACCGAGUUUGGCCAGCAAAUAACAUUCUUGCGCACAGACACAGAGACGUUGUUGGAGAGCAGCAGCGAAACGCCGCAGCAAUUCGACGCUGCGACGCUGUGUCUCAGCCUGUGGUACUUUCCCACUCCGGCCAGUGUAGCAUCAUUGUUUCGAGCGCUCGCCGGCGCUGGCGUCCCAAAAGUCUACGUGGCCGAGUAUGACUUGGCCGCUUCGAAGCCUGCGCAAAUGCCGCACGUCUUGGCAGCGAGAGCGCAAGCCCGGCUGCACGCAACCAAAGCCGUUUGUCGUGUGGCUGACCCGCGAGAGCCAAACGUACGAGCAGCUCUCCAAGUUGACGAGAUCCGAAGAGCUGCAACCGACGCAGGCUUUGUGGUGGCCAGAGAAGGCCGCCUCAGUCCAGCAGAGGACAUGCUGGAGGGCCAUCUCGAAGCGCAAUACGUUUUGUCGCCCGUGUUCGAAGCGGCCCUACGGAACGCGACUCGGGCUCAGCAAGAGGACAUCUUGGCGCAUGUGACCAAGCUGCGACAUGCAAUGGACGUCCUCCACAAGGAAGGGAUAAUGCAUGCUCACGCAAUGGAUGUCUGGUGGGCGGAGAUGUGUGUGUGUGUCGAACCAAUAACAUGA